UACGUAUUGGCUUUACAAAGCUCUACCAGAGAUACCAGGUUUGUACAUAGAAAUAUUCCCAUAUUCAGUGUCAUUAUUGAUCAAGAAAAUGGUGGUCUUUUCUCUUUUGUUUUACAAUUGGCACAAGUCCGGAGCGCCUUUCAGGUUUACUUGGAAUAAAGUAGUUUUUAUACUUGAAAUCGUGAAGUUCCUUUUGCUAUGGAUUUCACCCGGUGUUCUUUAACAUUUCUGGAAUGCGUGUUCCUAUUUAUGCUGCAUAUGAUGAUGUACGACUUGCUUAUGAGUUUUUUUUUUCUAAAGCUCCUCUUAAGCGGACAAGUAGCUGGUCUGUUGAUGAAAAGUUACUCAUCCAAUCACUAUAUAAGGUUAUGACCUCUAUAUGUAAAGCAUAUCCUAUCAUUUUAUACUUGAGAGACGUGGACAUGAUCUUGUUCAGAUCUCAAAAGCUAUAUAGAUUGUUCCAGAAAAUGUUGCAGAGAUUUUCAGGACCAGUACUCAUAUUAGGUUCACGUAUAACACAUCAAGACAGCAAUGAUGGUUCACUGUGUUUUUUUAUUUGUUCAAUGUAUCCGUCUUAUCUGAUUGUUCUAACCAACUCUCUUUGGCUGUUGAACUGUUUGUCACAUGGACUGAGCGUGUUUCAGGAACGUAAGUCAGCUGGUAAGGAUACAAUGAAGUUGGAGUCACGUGCUGAACCUUCAAAGGGAACUCGUGCUGAUAUUAAGCCAGAAAGUAAAGCUGCUGGUCCAGAAAAGAAAAGUGGAGAAGCAGCUGCAGUACUGACAUCCAAGGAUAUGGGUAAUGAAGCUGCAGGUCCAAAAGACCCUGUAAGUACUUUUUGUACUCUUUUUUUUAUGCUUUUGCUGAUUGACUAGUGAGUAGUGACUAUUUGUGCUGUUGUCUUGUGAUUUUUCUUUGUUUGAUAUCCAUAUUUCCUAAAGGUUCAAUGUAAAACAUAUUAUAAGUUUGUUUUCGUACUAUGUUCGUGCUCUGAGCCUCUGCUGCCCAAUUAAAUGUCAAAUUUUGAUGUUAUGCUACUCACUAGUGCAUUGUUCUAAAUUUCUGAUUGAGAAUUAUUCUUCCUCUUGAUUUUCAUCUGACUCUUUAGAAUUUAAAGGUCAUAUUGAUAUGCUUGAAUCAAAAUGGUUUGAGGAUGAGAUUUGGAUUGGUAGCUCGGUUGAUUAUGUCAUGGUGUCGUGAAAUUUGUUAUUUAAGUUUUGCAAUUUGAUGGGUGUUGCUUAAUUCAUGCCUUCAUGGUUGCAUUCAUUGUUGAGCAAGUUAAAUCUAGUAAAUACUAAAAAUUGGUGUCGAGUUCUGAUCCUUGUGUAUGUACUAUGUAGUUUUGCAAACUUAAUGAUUUAGCCUUUUGGAUUAUGUGACAGUUUGAGUGAGGAGAGCAGGGGUUUGAGAUGGAACUUGUUAGUCAACAUGCUUAUACAGAAAUGAAAAUAUUGAUGGAUGCAUAAUACUAUAUAUCUUCAAUAAUUUCAUCCACUAUGAUCCAAGCAUUUGCCUGGUUUAACUGAUAUGCUUUUCGACAUUUUAGUUAUCCAUUUAAUUUUUGUUAAUAAUUGUUUUUUUUUUCUCGUUAAUUUCAUUAAUUUCUUUGUUUUUUUUGAUUUGCAAGGUUAUGAGAUUUGCGUUCGAGGUGCAGAUUUGAAGUGGGUUUCGAUCCAUAUACCAGAUUUUUAAAGUCCGUUUUGGUUCCAAAUUUUUGUUGUGGAGUUUAAAGUGUACGUGUAAUUAUAUGAGAUUUGUAUUAGAUUUUGUUCUAAGUAUACUAGAAUUUAGUUGUAGAAUUAUUUUUUCACUUCUAAUUACAUUUAUUAUCAAUAAUAAUUGAAUUGAUUAA